AAUUGGAUGCAGUAAAGAGAUUAAGUGCAAAACAAGAAGCUAUUCCUAAUCACUCGAGAGAAGAAAUUGAUCAAAAUUUAAGAACAUUACAAUCAAAACUUGAGCGAUCCAAUUUAUCAUGCGGUUCAAAAACUGUUCCCUUAGAGAGGGAUGAGAAAAUUCAUGUAAUUUCAGAUGCAGUAGCAUCCUCGAGUUUUCUGGAAACUGAAAAAGAAAAAUUCCAAGAAAUUUCCGAGCCUGAUGAGAUUGAGCCCACUAAAAGACAGUAUAUUGAGCAAGGAUUAAUAAAAGAAUUACUCAGUAGCAACCUUAUUGUACCACCUGUUUCCUCUGAGAUUAUAGAGUAUCGAACAUUUCAAAUCACAACAACAAAGCUUAAACCUCAGACCACUAACUUUUCUGAUUCAACAUUAGCCAAUAUAUCGUCAGUAACUGAGAUAAGUACACCUGCCAAAUCUAUUUCUUCGAAUUAUAUCUCUAAUUCUUCAGGUCCGGACGAUUUUCCGAAAGCUGAGGUAAGUGAAAAGGUUGAACCGGAAAUUCAGGUAAGUAUCGAGACCACAACUAAUUCGAAUUUCUCUGAUGAUGAGACUAAUGAGGAUAUCUCUGACGAUGAUGAUUCUGACGAUGACAGCGAAGCUAUUAAGGAUGAGGAUAAAAUAAACGUAAUAUUUUCUGGUGAUGAUGAUGAUGCAGGAUAUUAUUACGAUUUAAGUAGCGGGAAAAAAACUAAUAAAAAUUCUGAUCAUUUAAUCAGCGCAUAUUAA